AUGCUGAAGAGAUCUAUAAUAUGCUGUUUAUUGUUAACAGCCUUUGCUAGUGGGUCACCAGGUGAUAAUCUGGAAGAGUUUGAUCAAUGUUUGAAAGCUUGCACGAACAAGAACAAUUGCCAUGGGUUUGAUAUGGAUUUUGUAUCUGAUAACAAUAAAUUUAAGAUGAUUGUUUACGAUGAAGUGCCACCCGUGUUGAAGAAGUUCUUCUUCUGGGACUGUGAUUCAGAUUGUGAUUACAGAUGUCAACAACUGAUCACUAGACUGAGAAUAUCUGAUGGAGAGGAAAUAUUUCAAUUCCAUGGGAAAUGGCCUUUUAGAAGAUUCUUAACUAUGCAGGAAUUUUUCUCAACAAUCUUCAGUAUUGGUAACUUCUUCCCACACUUGUUUGGUUUUAUUAAGUUACGCAAGGCAAUCAGAAGGUACUCCAGCCAGAACGGCAUGAAUUCAAAGAACAAUGUGGUCGUGCACUUAAAGAACUACUCGUAUGUUGCCAUUUCAGGUAUGUUUGCUUGGACAGCGUCGACUAUUUUCCAUUGGAGGGAUCUACCUGUAACUGAGAACCUUGAUUAUUUCUUUGCAGGUAUGACUGUAUUGAUGGGUUUCCAUGCAAUCUUUGCAAGAAUAGCACGUCUUGAUAGAAAACCCCAGUACUUAAGAGGAUUUUUUUGGCUAAUUGUUACAAUCUUUGGUUGCCACGUCCUGAGACUUUACUUGUCGUGGUCGUACACAUACAACAUGAGAUUCAAUAUUGCUCUUGGCUUGACUCAAUACGUCUUGCUACUAGUUCUAGCGUUCCAAAAUUAUCAAUCUCUAAAGGUCAACAGAAAGAAACUAGAUGACCGACUAUAUAACUCUUCAAAGGAGGGCCAAGUCUACAGACUAUGCGUGGUGCCUUCGAUCCUGGUGAUCUCAACAGCGCUAGCCAUGUCCCUAGAGUUGUUUGACUUCUUUAGUUACACAUUUCAAAUAGAUGCACAUGCAAUAUGGCAUUUAAGUACCAUCUGGCCUUCUUGGAUCAUGUAUGGCUUCUUCAUCGAUGACUUCAAAUAUAUAACAACAAAAAACAACAGAGAAUGA